AUGGAGGAGGGAUCCGUCAGCUACGGCACGCCUACGAAUGGCCCUUCACCAGGCAGUAAUCCAAUUCUGGCUCAGCCCCCUCUCGAGCCAGAUACAUCUACCCCUGGCAAUCAAGGUGAAGAUAUCAAUAUGACGGAAGGUCAUGAGCCCGCGAUCAAGCAAGAUAGUACCACUCCUGCUCCUGCAGCUGUGUCGGACAAUCCCUUGGAUGCGCCUGAAGGCCCUCCGCCAGAGUCAACUAGAGGCGCGGAAGAUCAAGAGAUGGGAGAUGCGCCGAAGGACGAGGCUGCCCAGGGCGAGAAUAACGAUGCCGUCGGUGAACAGGAAACCGCUACCGAUGCCAAAACGAAAGAGUCGAUUGAGAAUGCUGCCCGGGAGCAUCUCAUUUCGCAGAGGCACGCCAUUGUGCUCCCAAGCUACAGUACUUGGUUCGACAUGAACAAAAUCCACAACAUCGAGAAGAAGGCGUUACCUGAGUUCUUCAACAGCCGGAAUCGCAGCAAGACGCCGGCUGUCUACAAGGAUUACCGGGAUUUUAUGAUCAACACUUACCGUCUGAAUCCCGUUGAAUACCUGACGGUUACCGCCUGCCGCCGAAAUCUUGCCGGAGAUGUUUGCGCAAUCAUGCGCGUCCAUGCCUUCCUCGAGCAGUGGGGCUUGGUCAAUUAUCAGGUGGAUGCUGAACAACGGCCCUCGCAUGUUGGACCCCCAUUUACGGGCCACUUCAAGGUCAUCUGUGACACUCCUCGGGGCUUGCAGCCAUGGCAGCCUGCUGCAGACCCUGUCGUCGUGGAUGGAAAACAGAGCAAGGACACGGAUGCAAAGGCAAAUGCUGUCCCCGGCUCUAGAAGCGAGCUCAACUUGGAAGUGGGCCGGAACAUCUACGAGGCGAACGCAAAGGGCGCCAAGCUCAACAAGUCUGAAAAGAAGACCAACGGCGAUACCCCCACCACCAAUGGUGUUACCUCCGCUGAUGACCUGACCAAGAUGCCAAUCAACAAGGUUAACUGCCACAAUUGUGGUGUCGACUGCACGCGCGUCUAUUAUCACAGCUCACAAGCAGACCAAAACUCCAAAGCCAAGUAUGACCUGUGCCCCAGCUGUUUCCUAGAGGGACGACUCCCUGGGAACCAGACGAGCUCGCACUAUACCCGGAUGGAAAACCCAACCUACACAUCGAUCUUGGACCGAGACGCACCUUGGAGUGAUGCUGAGAUUCUCCGGCUCUUGGAGGGAUUGGAGCGCUAUGACGAAGAUUGGGGCGAGAUUGCGGAUCAUGUUGGCACUCGCACCCGCGAGGAGUGUGCUCUCCAGUUCUUGCAGUUGGACAUUGAGGAGAAGUACCUCGAAUCCGAGCCGCCUCUAAACGCCCCUACGGGCCUCCAGAUGCUGGGUUCUGCCGGUGGGCAGCUGCCCUUCAGCCAGGCUGAUAACCCUGUCAUGUCUGUGGUGGGCUUCCUUGCGAGUCUGGCGGACCCAGCUAGCACGGCGGCAGCCGCAAACAAGUCUGCCGAACUGCUCAAGCAGAGCCUGCGGAACAAGCUUGAGGCGGGCGAGCAGGGCGAGGCGGCACAAACAAACGGCAAGGGUAAAGAGAAGGAGGGCAGCGACUCGAUGGACGUAGACAUCCGGCAGGAAGUCACCACAACGACCACCACUACUACAACCAAGACGUCGACAAGCGCCCUGGCAAACAUUCCACUGGCCUCGAUUGGCGGUCGCGCCGCAGGGCUUGCUUCUCACGAGGAACGAGAGAUGACGCGUCUCGUGUCGGCAGCGGUGAAUGUCACACUCCAGAAGAUGGAGCUGAAGCUGAAGUACUUCAACGAGAUGGAGGCCAUCCUGCAGGCAGAGAGGCGGGAGCUUGAGCGGGCGCGGCAGCAGCUCUUCCUCGACCGCCUCUCCUUCAAGCGGCGCGUCCGGGACGUGCAGGAGAAGCUGAAGACGGCCGCUGAAGCUGGCGGCGACCAAGGGUAUCAUCUGGCCAUGGACGCCAUGACUGACGGCGAGAGGAUGAGUUUCCAAGCCUCGCCAGCAGUCGGUUCCGUCCAGCCGUUGAGCGCCGACGGCCAGAUCAAGAGCUACGAGGCUUGA